AUGAAUUUCCUGUCUUUUAAUAUUCGCGGUAUUGGGGGUUCGGAGAAGCCGGGUUGGGUGAAGAGUUUGAAAGUGAAGCACGGUAUCAAUUUUUUAGCACUUCAGGAAACAAAGAAGGAUGCGGUUGAUGUGUCGGAUCUUGUCGGGUUUUGGGGUAAUAAGAAUUUUGGGAUGGAUAGUGUGGGAUCGGUAGGUUUAUCGGGUGGUCUCGCUUGUUUAUGGGACUCGUCUCCUUUUUGUCAGUCUGGUGGAACUAAGAAUAGGAAUUAUCUUCAUGUGAGGGGUAAAAUCGCCGGGUCAAGAUCUGUGCUUAAUGUGCUGAAUGUUUAUGCCCCGCAGGGGGUUCUUGCUAAGAAGGAGUUGUGGGAUAAUCUUGUUCAUCUGAUUGAUAGUCACGACGGGGCAUGGGUGGUGUUGGGAGAUUUUAAUGCCGUGCGUUUUAGAGAGGAAAAAAGGAAUUGCUCGUUUAAGCAGACUUGUGCUAAUAACUUUAAUUCUUUUAUCUUGGAGGCUGGGUUGUUGGAAUAUAAUAUGCUCGGGAGAAGGUUUACUUAUUGCUCGGCUAGUGGGAGAAAAAUGAGUAAACUUGACAGAUUUUUAGUGAAUCAUAGUUUUUUUAAUGAAUGGCCCGAAGCGAGAGUAGAGGUCUUGCCUGGAUUCCUGUCGGACCAUUAUCCGAUAAUUUUAUGUUCGGUUGCUAAUAAUUUUGGUCCGAAACCAUUUCGUAUUUUUGACUCUUGGAUUGGUUUGGCUGGUUUUGAGGAUGUGGUUGUUGGGGUGCUCAAUGGAGGAGAGGUUGAAAGUGGUCCUCCGGAUGUGGUUCUAUCGCGAAAGCUAGGGAUCCUUAGACUAAAAUUGAAGGAGUGGAGGGACGAUAUGCUAUUGAAAAACUCCGAGGUUACGAGGAUAGCAUUGUCGGAUCUCGAAUCUUUGGAGGCUAUUUUGGAUACUAGAGAUUUGACGGAGGAGGAGGAAUGGAUUCUAUUGGAAAGUAAAAAGGUCCUUAAGGAAGAAGAAGAUAGAAAAAGCAGAGAUUUAAAACAAAGGUCCAGAGUUAGGUGGGCUAAGCACGGAGAUGAGAAUUCAAAGUUUUUUCAUUCAAUGGUUAAUUGUAGGAAAGCGUCGAACGCUAUUCAUGGGCUGAAUAUUGGAGGAGCUUGGGUGUCAAAGCCGUCAUUAGUCAAGAAGGAGGUCUUUCCGUUUUUAGAGAUAAAUUUAUAG